AUGCGCUUCACGACCCUCUCUUUCUUGUCUUGUCUCAUGACCGCCGCGUCGGCGCACUUCGUGCUCCAGUACCCUCCGGCCCGCGGCGACUUCUCUGACGACGAUGAGCCUACGUUCUGUGACGGCUACGCGGACUCGACAACCAACCGAUCGUCGUUCCCUACCGGCAAGGGUGGCUUCAUCUCCAUUGAGUCCCACCACGAGCAGUGGACCCUGGGUGGUAUCGUCGCGACCGUCCAGAACGCGAACAGCUUCGACGUCUUCCGCGACAAUAGCAGCAACUUCCAGAUGUUCCUGCCCUUCUUUGGGACCUCGGGCGAGGGCGCGUUCUGCGUCGACGUCGACCUCUCCGCGUCCGGAGUCGCGGGCGUGAAGAACGGGGCGAACGUCACCCUCCAGUUCAUCUUCGACGGCGGCGACGGCAACCUCUACCAGUGCGCGGACCUGACGCUCUCCGACACCUUCGAGAUCCCGAGCGACGUCUCGUGCAAGAACGCGACCAAGAACGGGGCCACCCAGAUCUCGUCGUCCCUCACGGGGAGCCAGACCAUGUCCAUGUCCAGCACGAGCUCGACGCCGUUGCCCACGUCCUCCGGUAGCUCGGCGGGUCGCAACGCUGCCGCAGGCAUGUCUGGUCUCGCCGCGCUCGUUGGCGCGGCCGUCGCCUUCCUCUGA